CGGAACCAAGCGACUGCUAGUACUGAUAGAAGCCUUCAUAGAAACCAGCGCCAUCGCUGAGUUAGCAUUCGAUUUUGUUCGAUUCUCAUUCCACAUUCUACAAAUAUUCAACGCCUGCGACGACGAGUUUUCCCGAUCGAACGCGACGCGACGGAGAUCCCGAGGCUGACUGAGCGAUGGCGGCCGGCGGCGGCGGCGGCGGCGGAGGGGACGGUUUUCAGCAUCGCGAUCAUGAUGACGACGACGAGUCUCAGUUCGACCCGCUGCUGCAGCUCAUCCAGGCGUCGCGCAUGAAGAACCGGAUUCUGGGAGAGCUGCUGCUGCGAGAUUUCAUUGAGAAGCAGCAGGUGGAGCAGCAAGAGUGGGUGCAGCAGCAGCAGCAGCAGCAGCAGCAGCAGCAGCAGCAGCAGCAGCAACAGCAACAACAACAGCAACACCAGUGGCAAUUACAGGAGCAGCAGCAAGUGCAGCAGGUUCAAUUACAGCUGCAGCUGCAGCAGCAACUGAGGCAGCAACAAGAGGAGCACCAGCAGCAGCAGCAAGAGAAUCAGGAGCAAGAGCAGAAAAUGCAGGAGAGCUUGCUGCGGCACCAGAAGUUGCUGCUGCUGCAACACGUGCAGCAGCAACAACAACAGCAACAACUGCAGCAGCAGCAGCAGCCAGCAGCAGCAGCAGCAGCAGCAGCAGCAGCAGCAGCAGCAGCAGCAGCAGCAGCAGCAGCAGCAGCAGCAGCAGCAGCAGCAGCAGCAGCAGCAGCAGCAGCAGCAGCAGCAGCAGCAGCAGCAGCAACAGCAAGCGAGGCUGGAAGCAAUCGAGAGGCAGCAACGCCAGUUGCUGCUAGAGCAGCAGGAGCAGCAACUGCUUCGUUUUCGGCUGCUGGACCGUCAGACUCACUAGCAGUAGCAGUGACUGCCGUGGCAGUGCCGCCCAGUUACAUGCCGGUAUUUGGUGCUGGCAGAGCGGCGGUGUUUCUGGGGAGCUUCGAGAGCAGCACAGGUGCGGGAGGGACGCCUGCAGUUCCUGGUGACGUGCAGCACAUGCUGCUUCUGGAGCAGCAGCAGCAGCAACAACACCAUGGGCGAUUACUGCAGCAGCAGCCACAGCACCAUCUUCAGCAGCAGCAGCAGCAGCAGCAGCAGCAGCAGCAGCAGCAGCAGCAGCAGGAGAGCGACCACAAGCAGCGGCGACAGGUUGACUCUGAGGUGCUGCAAGGGGAGCAGUGGUUGUGGUGGGGAGACCAACGGCGAGCUUGAGCUAAGAUGAAAACUCAUGGCUAGCAUUGGAUGGCAUGUGAAUGUUGCCCCCAUGGUAAUAAAUCUGACCUCAAGUUGGAAGUAGGAUAGGAAUACAAACAGCACAUGUCGUUUGAUGUGAGCUGGUCACUGAGAAGACUAGCUGUGGGUUUUAGGUAG